UCUACUGUCUGUGUUUGCUGCGCGCUGAUUGGUCACUCUGACAGGGAGGCGUGGCUUCGUCAUAACAAUGCAUUUCAAGGAACAUACACGCGCCAAGGAAUGUUCUGUAUCGUUGGGUGCUAACGUUAUCUUUUCACGCGUUUAACGGUAUUCACCGCACAGGUAAACGCUGCCGUUAACCGACAGGCCAUUUUGCGAUUUCUGGAGAAAACGGAUUCCCUAUGCAGCAGUUGGAAGCGUGUGUUAGGUGGCUAGCGUUAGCAAGCUACUAGCAGCUCCGUCCGACAUUGUCAAAAAUCUCUCGGAGGAAACAACAGUCGAUUGAUAGUCAGGUUUAAGACAAUCAGAGGCAACAUUCAAGUGCCUCCACUGUACAGUUUCCUUUCCCAGAGUGUGACUCGUCUGCACGACGUCACCAAUGCGACCAUGGGAAAUAGCAGUAAAUAGGCUGCCACCAACAGCCCCCUUAAACCCAAGGAGGUUCCUUGGAGAGCCCUGCAACGCCCCAGUGCAUCUCAGGAGAAGUCCACCAGUGAGACGCCAGUGGGGGAGACGAGACAGACCUGUACUGCACAGUUCCCUGGUCCAGGAUGAGAACUUCCAUCAUCUGCUUUUCUCCCAACAUCACCAACAGGUUCCUUUAGAUGAGUCCAGACAAUACAGCCACACCAGCACACCACCACGCAUGCUUCACCCUGCUGCUCACCUGCCCCAGCAGAGCCCCAUCAUGGUGGAUCUACAUGACCAGAUGCACCAGGGAUCAGUUCCGAUAUCAUACACUGUUACGACGGUGACGACCCACGGAUUUCCCAUCCACACCGGGCAGCCCCUUCCAGGGUGCAACACUCAGCAGCUCCCAGCAUGCUCGGUAAUGUUCAGCGGACAGCUCUCUCUGCUCUGCUGCCUUCCUCCUCCUCUCAUACAGGCAUGUACCAUGCAGCAUAUGCCAGUGUCUUAUCAAGCCUUUCCACCCCUGAUCUCCAGCGACCAUUUUGUAUUGCACCCAACCCCAUCUGUACCCUCCCACCAGCCGCCGCACCUUACUCCUUUGAGCCAAUUUGUCCCUUUACAGCCUCAACACCCACGCAUGCCUCUACAGAGGGUAGAGAAUGAAGUUGACCUAAGAGGGGACCAGCACCCAUUAGGGACCUUCUCCUACCCUCCCUCUCAUCACCCACCAGCGCUGCCUCCGUCUCUGCCCCUACAGUAUCUUCCUCAAGAGCCUCUGCAUCAGGAGCUUCCCUUUGGAGUGCCAUAUCCACACAUGCUGCCCCGGCGAGUGAGUGGACAGAGAUACCGGUUGCAGCAACCUCUCCCCCCUCCUCCUCCUCCUCCUCCAUCUUACUACCCAGGCUUCCUCCCUUACUUCCUGUCAAUGCUUCCUGUGCCUCCAACAGCAGUGGGCCCAGCCAUCAGUCUUGACCUUGAUGUGGAUGAUGUGGAGAUGGAGAACUAUGAGGCAUUACUGAAUCUGGCAGAGAGGUUGGGUGAAGCAAAGCCACGUGGACUCACUAAAGCAGAUAUAGAGCAACUUCCGUCCUACAGAUUCAACUCAGAGAAUCAUCUAUCUGAACAAACGCUGUGUGUUGUGUGCUUUAGUGACUUUGAGUGUAGGCAGCUACUUCGGGUAUUACCUUGUAACCACGAAUUCCACGCAAAGUGUGUGGAUAAAUGGUUAAAGACCAAUCGCACUUGUCCUAUCUGCCGAGCCGAUGCCUCGGACGUACACCGGGAGGUGGAGUGAGAACUUUCUCUAUCUGAGUGCUGAACUGGAAAGCUGCACACGCCAGAGUCUGUCCCAAAGCUGGGGACAUCUGCCACCUAACCUGCGUCCUCCAGUAAAUAUAGCUUACCAACCCACUACUCCUGCCCCUUCCUAAAUAAUAAGCAAUCCAGGAUUGUUUCUGGAGCCUGUUGUACCUCUGCUGUGCUUCAUUGUCCAAGUCUCAUGAAACCCACUGCCUAUUGCAGCCUAUAGCCAGAGUUCUGGGAUCGCCAGCCAGUUCUUUCUCUGCCCCUUCGUUGCAGAUUCCAAAGAUUUUCCCUACAAUGCAUUAUUUGCUGCUUUUGUUUACAGGGUUUAAUUUUAUUUAGUGGAUUUGGUUACGGUGUUCAUGAAUAGUGGGAGUCCUGCAUUGGAAGAGGUGAGUCGGGGAGCCUGGAGGAUGAUAGGCUGGACACCUUGUGCAAUUAGCAGAAAAAUAAUAGGAAUACUUCAACAUGGCUAUCUGUGUUUGGAGGCAACGCCUGACCAUCAUAGAUGCAUGUUUGUGUAGGUCUUGGGCAAAGUGACUUGUUAAUAAUGUAUGUUCUGCAAUAAUGUAUUGAUCAUUUCAACAGUUUUACCCCUUGUUUGUUUUAGAUUUGCCAAUGCUAUUGUGUAAGUGUGACUUGCUGUGGUUAAAUGCAGAUUCUGUUAAGCCUGAGGUUAUGGACGGCAAGUGAUGGGACAUGCAACUGUGGGGUAUUUUCUACCCCAGAUUAUCCACUCUGGAAAACAGAUCCGUACAAAAGCAGUCAUGGAUUAAUGGACUGCGUCUUUUCGAGGUCAUCUGGCAUAACUGCACAAGUGCUACAUCCACCCUCCAUGUCAGCAUUGUUCCUCUGGCAAGUGUGUACGCGCGCGUGCGUGCGUGCGUGCGUGCGUGCGUGCGUGUGUGUGUGUGUUUGUCCUGUUCACAGAGCCAAUGCAUUGUGUAACCACUGGAUACAGGGCAGCAUGCUAGGAUUUGCAUGAACUGUUGAUUCAGACUAGCAAUAUUUUAAUCAAGCAUUGCCACCAAAAUCAUCAAAUUUUAAGAAAAAGAAGAGACAAAGAAGCAUACUAAAAGAACUGCUUGCUUAUUCAGAAAGCGCCAUGAGGGAAGAAUAGCAUGUGGUUUCACCCUGACUGCGUUUAAGGAUGGGAAUCCUCGUCUGAAGGCUAUGCUGAUGCCAUAGAGCUCUGGAGGCCUGUGCAGAAAGCAAUAUGUGCAGUGAGUGGCGAGUUUUAAAUGAACUUUCUUCCCCUUUUUUAGGAAGAAUGGGCUUUUUAUUUCUUUGUUUGUGAGCCAAAUCCAAUACACAGAUAUAGCCUAUACUGUUCAAGAUUUCAGAUCUGCCUUCUUAUGACCUUGACAAGCACAAACCUAUUACUAAUCCUGAAAAUACUUUGUCUUUCCACUUGUUUUAAAAGUAUGCCGUUUAAAAAAAACAAAAACAAAAAAAAGGUUUAUUUAUUGGUUUUAUCUUCUCGAGAAAAUACAUUGAAGGAAACGGUUGGAGCACUAACAAUGUUCGUGUAUGGUAUGUGUUAUAUUCUGGUAACUUGGUCAGGUCAUUGUCUUAGGCCAAUGUUAAUGGUGUUGUAAAAGAGCAACUGUAUGUAUAGCUUCAGUGUGAAUGCUUUUAGAUAAACAUUUGAAGACAGAAGAAUGUUGAAAACCCUUGUAGAAGUCACUGGUGACGCUCCACGAAAUGCCAGCUGUCUGUAUUCCUCAGUGAUCAGGUCGGGGUUCAAACAACACAGAGCUGGAGUGUUCAGUAGUGUAGAAACACCGAGACUUCUAGUUCCUUGCUUGUGUUCACAUUAAAAAACAGGAUAUAUUUGGGGUGGGAGGGAAAAGAGCAACAAAUGGGCUUUUGCUUUGGAAUCACUCUUGUCCCGUAACUGCCCCAGUAAGCACUAACAGACAGUUGUAACCUUUUGCUUUUAUGUGUAAAGGGAUCUUGCCUUUUUCUUUACCUUUUUGUUUCUUAAGUGAAUGUGAGUCUUUGAUGUGCGUGCCACCUUCAAGAGAAAAAAAAAAGCCAUUUAAUGAGUUUAACCCACAGCUUUGAGAAUUAACCUAUGUGUACAUAUCUAUUCGCUGGCAUAUAUUGUAAGUUAAAAAAAAUCACUCAGGGCCUCUCGGUAUAUAAAAAUAAAGGAGAACAGUCCAUUUCAGAUGGAAAGGAUGCCAUGAAAAGGGUAUAUCUGAAUUUAGUUUGGUCGUUUUCCUCAGACCAUAAAUAAUUUAAUGUAAUCAAUUAUAAUAUUCUGUUUUGUCGGAAAUAGUAGAUAUUACAUCAUUUAAAGACAGGCAUGCAAGAAUAAAAGAUCAGUUAAUAUAUUAUUAGUAUUCACUGAAAAGAGGCAAUGUACACUGCAACUCAUUACAAGUGUAUUAUUCAAACCUGUUUGACUUUUGUUCUUUUACUCAGACCAUAUGUUUGACAUAGCGGUUGUGAUCCCAUUUUUAAAUGUGCCGCAGUGCACACUAUCCUACCUAAUUCACUCCCAAAUCUACUUCAGAGGUGUUUGCAUGACUUAAAAAAAAAAAGUACAAGAAGUUUGUUAUAGUGGAGGAUAACUCAAAAUCUGGUGGGGACCUAUUUAAUGGUGCACAAUAUGCAUGCUUGUCAACCAGAUCCCAACUGAUUUUUAGCUCUAGUUGGCUUUGGGUUCUGGGGGUUUGGAUCUUAACGCUCAGCUGAUAACUGCCAUGCAUUGUACUGCACACAUUUGUAAUAGAACUGAAUGACUACAAGAUUUUAUUGCGCUAACUUCAUUUUAUAGGGGGAAAAAAAACUGGUCUUGAAUCCAGAAAUUCUUACAUACAUUGUGUUACUGUUAUUGCCCUAACGACUGAAGAUUACAUGCUCUGAAACUACUGUAGUUUAUCAAAAGCCAUAGUGAAAAGGUGCUAGAUGUUCUGCUUUUAGGUAUGAAAACUCACUUGCGUGAAUGCAAUAGUUUGUCAUGAAUCCCAUGUAUUCUUAAAGCAUGUUAUACUAAUACCCCUAAACAAUGUCAGUGAAAAACAAUAUAGUUUAAGGGAUUUAAAAAAGAAUAAAGUGUUGUCAUACUUAUUUCAGUGUAGUACUGUACCUGCCUAUCAGGCUCUUGCUCUCAGUGUAUCAAUAUCUUAAAAUGUAUUGUUCACAUAUAGAUACCUUAAUUCAUGUUAAUGUUAGCGCUAUUAUUUUUGGAGUAAAUAUUUAAUUGACAAUAUCCAGCUACCCUAUUAAAUAAAAAGAGAACCUCCCAUUAAGGUCUAGGUAAUGAGGUAAUUUUUAAUGACAACUGGGAAUAGAGUCUUGUAGUCUUUCUGUUAAGAGUUAUGGAAUAAAUUCACAGCUUGUGUGGUGCAAAAAUGUGUUCCAAUAAGCAGCUAAAAUUAAUUUAGGAUUUGUGAUUGAUUGCUCCGUAGACGCCAUUUAUUGUUUACCAAUGACUUUUGCUGUGGUGGGAUAGUGGUUUACUGUUCUUACUCUCCCUGGCCUCUAGGGGUCCUUGCCUGAACACCAGACUACCCACCCUCCGACAGAGCCAGGGGCAUGUGUUCUGUGUUAGGCAGAUAUUUUGCUUUGGUACUUGCACAUUUACAGUUACCUCAUUUUUUCCAUGUUUGUAUUGGGGGGUGGGGGGAGAAAACAACUAAUAUAUAUUAUAUAUAGGAAAUGGUUCUUAUUGUUAUAAUUUUUCAUUCCAUUGGAAUCAUAUUGUUUGUAGCAUUUAACAUAACUAGUUAGUGUAUUAUAUAUACAUCUGUAUACUGUUUGAAAUUUUUAAGAUUUGUACUUUUUUUAAAUGAAAGUUGCUAGUUAUGCUUUACCAAGUAGUGCAAUCAUAUUUUUUUUUAUUGUUGUGGCUGAUUUGAAAGGGUUGUUCACUAAUAAAUGUAUGAUGUAUACCAAUA